AAUACUUGUGUAUAAAUUGUGUGCCCACGGUCUGUAUUACCUUGUUUAAAUUUCAAACAUUGCACGUUCAUGCGGUGUACUGUUGCUGUUAAAGUAUUUAGUGUGCUUAUUUCGUUUUGAAAUUAUUACUUAUUUUACCCCAGUAAAUUAUAAUAAUCUAUCUAUUGUUCUCAUUAAUUUUUAUUAAAACUAUUAUUAAAGAUGAAGUUGAAAACUGAUAAUGCAGCCAAGAAAUCUUUGAACACAAAAAAAAAUAAAUCUCCUAAAAAACAAGCUAAAGGAGUUGAAGUUAGGAAGGAAAAAUCAAAAGUAGUGGUGAAGCCAACUGUGUUGAAAAAAGAAUCUGAUAAAGCUCAAGUAGAAUCACCUAUUGAUCCCCAAAAAUUACUACAAAGAGAAUUAUGGAAUAAAGCUGUAGUAAAUGUUUCAAACAAGGCUGGUCUUUCUGAUGUUGAAAACUGUAUUGUUAAAUUAUUAGCAGACUACAAAUCAAAAAAUUCCAUCCCGAUGAAAAAUAAUAAGUUUAAAAAUUUCAUUUUAAAAGGAUUUUCUAAGUACAAAGAUACUAGUGAUGACGUGUUAAAUGAAAUUUAUAACAAAAUAUCCAAUGAAUUUAAGAUAGUAGGUGGUAAUGAUAAAGCUAUUGCUGACAGUCAAGUUAGCUCUAAGAAAUCAGAUUCAAAAAUUGUUAAAACAAAACCAACUAAAAAAACUAUUAGCAAAGAAUUAGAUGAUGGUGAUGAUGAUGAUGAUGAUGAUGAAGAGGAAGAUGAAAACAAUGAUGAAGUUGAGGAUGAAGCAGAUGAUGAUGUUGAAGAUGAAGCAGAUAAUGAAGUUGAGGAUGAUGAAGAUAUAUUAGGUGAAAGUGAUGAUGACAUUGAAAGUGAAGAAGAGAAACCUAAGUCUAAAGCCAAAGGUAGUAAUAAGGCUAAUAUUAAAAAUGGAAAAAGUCCCAAUAAAGGUAAAAAUGGUAAAUUUAAAGGUGGCAAAGUGCAAAAAAAGAAGUUUGGUAAAAAAAAUUAA